AUGUUCAACAAUGUUAAAGAUCAAGUUGCUGAAAAAGUUGAUUACGCAUCAACCAAAGUGAAAGAAAAAGUUCAAAAACAUGUACUCAAUGUCAAAGAUGAUGAAACAUGUCCAUCAACAUUUAAAACUGAAUAUCGAACAGUACUUACUGCAUAUCGUCAUGUAAUCAAAGAUUGGAUUGAAAAAUUUCCCUCAAAAAAUGCCAAAGAAUAUCGUCUUUUACUUGAAUUGUCUCCUAGUGAAUUUGAUCGACUUAAUCAAUUUGCAUCAGCAUCACGUUAUGAACAAAAAGAUGUUCUUCAUGAAGUUCAUGUUAUAUCUGAUCUUCUCAAACGUAUUGUACAUAAAAUAGAAGAAGAUAAACCAAUAUUUAGUAAUUUAACAUGGUCAGUAUGGUUACGAUCAUUUGAUGUCAAUAUGAUAAUUAAAAGUAUUUUGAUUCUGAUUGCAAUUGGAGCAGUAAGUUUUAUCAGUAUUCGUAUUCAUCUUCGUCGUGGUCGAUGGCUUACAACUUUCUUUAUAGUCACAUUUAUUGUUUCUGUUAUACAAAAUUGGUAUACACUUUAUCAGGAAGCACAAGCAAAAGUCGAUGAAGUUCUUAUGAAAAAAAUACCAAAACAUUGUCAAGGUCAUUCAAUGGGUAUAUGGGAUUCUGUUAAAUCUUAUUUUGGUCGUUUCGUACAAUUACCAACUAAUGAAUGUUUUGAAUAUCACAAAGCAUUACGUGCUACACCUCAUUCACAAGUUACACCUAUUCAAGCUUUAUCAAUGACUUUUGCUCAAUUAUUUGUUACACCACUUGGUAUAAUAGGUGAAAGUCUAUCACAAUUUUUUGCUGGUACUAUGCGUCAUGUACCUAUGGUUUUAUGGCCAAUUAUUAUUCUUUUGAUUUUAUUUAUUGUUAUUGUACUUAUUUUGAUGUAUUCACGAUAUGAAGUACAUUUACCUUUUAUGAUGGGUUCACUUCGACCAUCUCCUCAUGUGGCUAUAACAAGAACAAUAAAUAAUGUAGAACAAAUAGAAAAUUCAUCAUCAAAUCAGCGAGCAUAUAUUGAAGCAAAAGAUGAUAAUGAACUAAGACAACGAACAACAUCACUAGAUAUUGGUUUUAGAAAAGACCUUCUUUCUAAUUGA